GAUUACAACAACAUAAGUAAAAUACAACAACAUAAGCUGCAAAAAUGUUCCAGCUUCAACACCUCGUAUUCUAAGCGGAUUUGGAGACGCUGUAAAGACUGCAUAACGCACAGCAAACAAGUUUUUUUUUACAAAAAUUACACCAACUUAAGCACCAUUGGCUAAUUAAAGUGGCUAAUUAAAGCGCAACAUAGAACAUAAAACAACAAAGUGACUUUACGGUACUGCCAAGAAGCUGCUUCAGCAGGUGUUCAUUAACACUCUAUUUUCAACUAUAACUGCGUCUAAGGCACUUCGACUUUGUUGUCAUCUCAAUAGUUAGUUAUUUUUAUACUAAGCGCACAACAACAAUAACAGCCGUUAAAUAAAAGUACAUAUUAGUUUGUACUUUUUGCAAACCGUCGAAUCUUCACCGCAAUCACGGUACAAUUCACAGUGCCCCUCACCGGCAACAAAAUUGCCACAACGGCGACAUUAACGCGCUCAGAGACAGUAGCCGCCAAAAUGAAGCGACUAAUGACGUGGGAACGCGAUCUGGUCGAUGCGAUGUAUGGGUAUCGACAGACACGUUUCAGUUCACGGCGUGUGCGGAAACGUGUAAUCUUCAAGCAUGGCGAGUGUAAUGUGGUUCAAGGCAAUGUGGCGAAACGCCGGCGCAGAUAUCUACAGGAUAUCUUCACCACCCUGGUCGAUGCACAAUGGCGUUGGACAAUGCUCGUGUUCGCGCUCAGUUUUCUCAUCUCGUGGGCGCUGUUCGCGUUCGUUUGGUGGGUGAUCGCAUAUGCGCAUGGCGAUUUCGAAUAUAUUUACAAUCGUGAUUUCUUUCCCGAACGCAAUGUGAAUGUGACGCAUCGCAUGUGUGUAACGGAGGUGCGCAGCUUUGUCUCGGCCUUUCUGUAUUCGGUGGAAACACAAACGACAAUAGGCUAUGGCAAUCGCUUCGUAACGGAGGAGUGUCCCGAGGCGAUAUUCAUAAUGUGUUUGCAGUGUAUUUUGGGUGUUUUCAUACAAGCAUUUAUGGUUGGUAUUGUGUUUGCGAAGUUGUCGCGUCCCAAGAAACGCGCACAAACGUUGCUCUUCUCGCGAAAUGCUGUGAUUUGUCAUCGGGAUGGGGUGCCAUGUCUGAUGUUCCGGGUGGGUGAUAUGCGAAAGAGUCAUAUUAUAGAGGCGCACGUGCGGGCGCAGAUCAUAAGAAAGAAGAUUACUAAAGAGGGCGAAAUAUUACCGUUCUAUCAGCAAGAGCUGACAGUCGGCGCAGAUGGUGGCGAAGAUCGGCUAAUGUUCAUUUGGCCGACAACGAUCGUGCACAAAAUCGAUCGCAACAGUCCGUUGUAUAUGCUUUCGGCGUCGGACAUGUUGAAGGAACGCUUUGAGGUUGUUUGUAUGUUGGAGGGCGUUAUAGAGUCCACCGGCAUGACAACACAGGCGCGCAGCAGUUACCUGCCUUCGGAGAUACUUUGGGGUCAUCGUUUUGUGAAUGUGGUGUCGUUUCGUAAAGAAACGGGCGAGUACGAGGUGGAUUACACGCUGUUCAAUAACACCUAUGAUGUGGAUACACCACUUUGUAGCGCCAAACAAUUGGAUGAUGUGAAGGCCGAAUAUGCUAAGAAUUCCAAACUAGGCUUAGAGCGCGCCUUUUCCGCCGGUCUUAUGCACAUACCAUCCACCAUAUCUGUGGAUCGUUUAGAUCCGAAUAGCGAUGAGUCGUUGGACUCACGUCUGCAAACACGCAACAAUUCCAUCCCCAAUGGGGUGCUCGCCGAGGAGCUGCAACCGCUGAAUUGUGGUGGUGGUGGCGGUAGUACAAACGGUAGCUAUCACUAUGUGCCACCGUCGUUCACAGUUGGCGGCUCAGCGAUACAAAUACCCUCGUUGGCACUCUCCACAAAUCUACAUAGUAUUAAUGAGAAAACCAAUUCCGGCAGCAGCAGCAGCAGCAGCACCAAUAAUCUCACCAUUAAUCCCACCACCACCACGCCAAAUACACUCUCACCAGCAAUGGCGGCGAGUGCUACAUAUAAUAAUAAUAACAAUAACAAUCAAGAUAGAAGUAAUGGUGGCGGCAUCAAGAAGACACCAUCAAGCGGUCGACGCUUAUCGAUCAAACAAGAUCAGCUAUCGGUCGAUUCGAUUUGUUGAUAAUGGCGGCGACAAAGUGUCAUAUGUUGGUGUUUCUUGAAUGAUUGUUGUUGUAAUGUUGCGUGGAAAAGCAAGGAACUUUUUUGCAAAGCAUUGACUGACCGUAUUCAUUUGUCUGCCGCGCAAGCCGCUUCGAUUGCAUAUAAUUUAAUUUUUUCUUCGCCUAAAAUUAAAUUACAAAACAUUAUUGAUUAAUAUUUAAUUAAAAUAGUUUCUUCCAUAUAUACAGCUUUAAUUGUAGUGGAAAGUCAUACGCGCAACUAGCAGUAGUUUUAGCAAAAAGUAAGUUAAUAUUAGUUGUGAGUGAAUUGCAGUCAUGUGAGCAAUGCCAAUAGCAGCGCAAUUUGCUCAACGUUUCAGCGUUUCGUGGGCGCUACCUCCUUAGUUGUCGAAUGGCGGUUUGGAAAGAGCAUAAGUGUUUUCUAUGUCAGUGAAGAGUCGGUUUGAAACGCGUCGUAAGCAAAAUUUGCAAAUCGCGCCGGUUUACAACUCAAACGUUUACAACUCAACGGUUUACAAUUCAAACGUUUACAACUGAACCAUUUACAACUCAAUCGUUUACAACUAAACCAUUUACAACUCAAACGUUUACGACUCAACGGUUUACAACUCAAACGUUUUCAACUCAAACGUUUACAACUCAACGGUUUACAACUCAACGGUUUACAACUCAAACGUUUACAACUCAACCGUUUACAACUCAACCUUUUAUAACGCAACCGCUUACAACUGAACCAUUUACAACUCAAUCGUUUACAACCGAACCGUUUACAACCGAAUUGUUUACAACUCAACCGUUUGCGAAUAGCUCGACGCGCUAUACGAAGAAGUGUCGUUAUACAAACGAAAGAAGUCGUCAAUUAAUCCAACGUUUACGCGUCAUUUUGUCCAUUUAUACCAUUAAGCCUCGUUUUCAGUGUUGUAUUAAAUAAGUUUUGUUGUUGGACGCGAGAAUUUACUAUUAUUGUAAUUAUGAUUUUAUUUCGAUUUAUUAUCGGGAUAUGCUUAUGCAUAGGUUUUAUGUUAUGUAGUAAGACAACAAAUGUUUAUGAAAGUUUCAUUUUUAAACUUUUAAAGACAACAUUAAUAAAUAUACACAAACAGUUAGAAAAACAAAAAAAAAACAUUUACACACAACAAGGUUUGCAUAUAUACGAGGCGUGCUCAAAAAAUACAAAAAAUAACGCGAAUUUUCGUUUUUGGAAAAAAAAUUGAUGCAAAAAAAAUAAAAAAGGUUCUUUAAAAGCAAAGCUCUGCGGAAAUGAAAGUUUUUUUAACAUACUUUAAGCUUCUAGUGACCGUAUUCAAGGUAGUUUUUAAUUUUUUUGAUUUAGACUGUUGUUUUAGAAUUCCUGCAAAUUAUUUUUAAAAUUUUUUCCAAACUAGUUUAAGCCUACAGAGCAAUUUUAAAUUUACUUUAGUAUUUAAGCUUAAUAACUAAGUGCAGAAAAUUGGUAUUUUUUAAAUAUAAAUUGUAAGAAAGUCGGUUUUACAAUCAUGGCAGAAAUUGAGCUUUUAAAAAAUGCAGAAAUGUUAUGUAAAAAAAAUCAAAAAAUCAAAAAAACACAAAGCACUGUAAUUGUAAUAUUGAAAAUUGUCAAAAAAAAAUGUUCUGCAAUUCAAGUCAAUUAUGUUCACUUUACGAGACAAACACGAGUUUAUUAAGCCUUGUGUUGCUAAGCAUUAAGGAGGUUAAGUUUGAAAAAAUCAAUAAAUUUUCAAAUUUCGAUAUUCGAUAGUUCAUACUUUAAAUAAAGCAUGCCUGAAUUUCAAAUACAUGCCCGAAAUCGAUAAAUUUUCAUAUUUCAAUUGAAUACUUAAAACUAAAAAUGAAAUUCAAAGCUCGCACAUUUCAAAUUUAAAUUUUUAUUUUAACACGCCGUAAACACAAUUUUGUGAAGUUUAAAAUAAUGCAAAUACAAACAGUGUUGCAUUUUUGACAGUUCACUAAAGCAAACUCUAUGUUACCGUUACACACUUAACAAGCUGUCAUACACACAAAGUCUGAAAUACGCGUUUGUGGCGUAGGGUGAACGUAUUUUGAGCAGCAAGAAUUGAAACGAAAACAAAAGCAAAAGCAAAUAUUUGAACAUAUUGUAUUACACAUGAAAAAAUGAACGCUCAAUAAAGGUGAACGGCAGUAACACGAAACGAAUUUAGCAGUUAAUGGAGGCAAUUACAGGCAACUACAAAAAUAUGCGUACAUAGCGAAACAGCUGUUUUUGACAACCAGUUUCAACGCCUAGUAAAUAAUAAUAAAUAAUAAAGUAUGCUAUAUUUUUAAACACGAAGGUUUCAAUUAACUGUCCCAGAAAUGUAUUUCCCUAAACUAUGUAUGUAUGUAUGUUUAACUGAAAAGUAUAUUUGACAAUGUUGAUAUGAUAAUAAAAGUUGGCUGUUUAUAUAAAU